AUGGAUCCCGCCGAGGCGAAGAAGAAGGCGCUCUCCGGCGGUCUCGUCGGUAUGGGAUGCGAGGCGCACGAGGCCAAGCAGGCCGAGCGCUCCAAGCGCAAGAAGGAGAAGCAGGAGAGGUACCAGGAGAGACAGAGGCAGAAGCGCCAGCGCCGCCGCAGCCGCUCGCGUGAGAGGGAGAGGGAGAGGCGGCGCAGCGAUGCUGCCGAGGAGGCGGCCAUGAACGCCGCUCCCGCCGAGCUCACCCCCGCCGAGCCCGUCGCCAACGGCACGGCCAACGGUACCACCAACGGCACCACCGUGUAG